UCCCUGUGUAUUUAAGCCCUGUGCGUUCCUGUGCUCUCUGUCGCGUCGUCUGUUUAAUUCCAUGUCAGUCUGCAUGAUUCUGUGUUACCCGGUAUUCAUUCUGCGUCUCUCUGCCAUCUCUCUUUGUGCAUUUUGCUCCUCCUCCUGUGAGUGUCUGGUUUAAGUUUUGUUCUUUAGUUUUUCCCAGUUUAGGUUUGUUUACUCCCCGCUCUGCUCUUCCUGUUUUUUGUCACCUUAUCACCGCUGUAAAUAAACACUCACUCGCACCCCAGCCAGUACCUGCAUUUUGGAUCCUUUUUCAAUACUCCACACGACUGCUCCCCAGCCGUGACACAAAACUAUUCAACAGCAGAACAUCGAGAGUGACGCUUCACAUACUAUCUGCCUGUAAGAGGAAAAAAAUUAAAGCAUGGAAGACAAUAUAAAAGAACAGGUUGCUCUGGUUGCAUUAAAGAAGCAGGUAAAAGACGAUCAAGAACCAGAGGAACAAGAACCAGAGGAACAGGACCUGGAGAAAGAUGAAGUAAAUUUUCGGAUUGUGCUCAUUGGGAAAACCGGAGUUGGAAAGAGUGCUACAGGAAACACCAUCUUAAGAAGAAAAGCUUUUGAAUCCAAAAUGUCUUUUUCCUCUCUGACAUCAGAGUGUCAGAAGGAAAUAGGAGAAUUUGAAGAUAAAACCAUGGCUGUAGUUGAUACUCCAGGUCUGUAUGACACCAGGCUAACUGAAGAUGGAGUAAGGAAAGAAAUCGUCAGAUGCAUCUCCUUUGCUGCUCCUGGUCCUCAUGUGUUCCUGGUUGUCAUCCAGCCAAAUAGGUUCACCAAAGAAGAACAGAAAACAGUGAAAAUGCUUCAGGACAUGUUUGGGAAAGAGGCAGCAUGUUACACCAUGACCUUGUUCACCCAUGGGGAUGAUAUGGAGGAGGGAGUUUCCAUGAAUGAACUGAUUGGUCAGAGUAAAGAUGUCCGUGACUUCGUCCGUCAGUGUCAUGGAGGAUAUCAUGUUUUUAACAACAGAGACAAGGAUCCUUCUCAGGUCAGAGAGCUGCUGGAAAAAAUCCAUCAAAUGAUUCACAGAAAUGGAGGAAGCUGCUUCACCAAUGAGAUGUUCAAAGAGGCUAAAAGAGCCAUUCUAGAUGAGAUGAGACGACUUCUUAAUGAAAAUGUGAGCAUGAAGAUUGCAGAAGCAAGAAGUCAGGCAGAGAGAAAUAACAGGUUCUUUAAUGCUCUGCUGGCGAGUGCUACAACUACUUCUGGAGCUGCAGUUGGAUUUGCUGUUGGAGCUGGUUUAGGAAGUCUGGCAGGUCCAAUUGGAACUGCAGUGGGAGGAGCAGUGGGAGCUGUAGUAGGUGUGACAGGUGUGGCAGUGAAAAUGAAGGCAUGCCAAAUACAGUGAUAGCCUGUGUUUGUAUGAAUAUGCAUGACAAUGAUUUCAGUAAUCACUUGUAAUUGUACUGAUUGAUCAUACUUUGGCUUGUUAUUGAAUGCAUUAUCUUUACAGAUAGCUUACUGUUUAUAUUUGACUAGGGGCUUCUUACAUUUAAUAAUUAUUAUUGGUUAUUGAUGGUGUGAUUAAUU